UCAUACGGCUGACAAUCUCCCAUCAAACAAACAAUCAUAUCAAACCUUGGAGGGCAUAGAUGCUCAGAAGGCCACUUUUCUAUAGUCGCAAUCCCUCUUUCUGGCGUCCUCCCUCGGACCUGCUAAACACCUCUCGACGCACCAGGUCGGAAUUGGGGGAGAUGACGACGUUUCUUCUCAGAACUUUAUCACGCUCCUCUUUCGCCACUUCAAGAUCGAGGCAUCCCUCUUAUGCUUGCUUCCGUUUAGGCAGAACGCUUGAUGCUAUUCAGUUUGCAGUUCCGGCAGCUGUUGCUGAUGAGGAAGCAGAAACGGUGAUGUUUCCCAGGGAGGGUUCAGGAGUCUCAUAUGGGUUAAACUGGGCUUUAGCAGGGAGAGGUGUUAUUGUAAAGGAUAAAGCUUAUUACAAUUUGAAGAUGUCGGAGCUUGAAAAACUUGGGACAGGAAAAAUAGAAUCUAUGUCGGGCCUUCCACUUUAUAUGAGAGGCAAUACAACUGGAGGGACUCCUGAUAUUUCGAAGGUUCAAUUUGGUAAACUUCUGAAACAGGUUGCAUCUCACAUUUCAUCUGUCUCGAGUAUCUUUGUUCAAGACGGCGCUAUUUCUUCAUCUCCGACAUUUGAUGCAAAGGUCCGCAUAAUAAGUGAUAGUUCCUCUGCUUUAUUGCCACUUGCUGAUAUCCUCUGGAAAACACCUACUCGGGCAGUUUCACAUGAUUCUUCUCCACUAACUGUUUAUAUUGCUAGCUCUAUAAGCUCAAAAACUGGGGAGAAUAUUGGCUUCAGCCCAAAACCAACUACGGCAUUUGCUGCUGCUGACAUUGAGCGUUCAUCUCUCAUUUUGUGUGGUAAUGCUUUUGCUGAUGUAAAUAUUAUUAAGGAUGCUUUGUCAGCUCUAGCUGCUCCUAUAAUCUCAGCAAGGGGGGGUCUUCCUCUUCUGGCAAGGAUUCUUGUGUCUGGUAAUUCUGUCAUUCUAUUGUUUGCACCUGAAGAUACCAUCAAGAGUAGCUCAGAUCUCCAUGGAACACUACUUUCAAUGGAUGCUGGAGUGGUUCUCUCUUCUCAUGGGGUUAUGCCAUUCUUCCAAACAAAAGACCGGACUGUGCCUAAUGUGCUCAAGAGGCCUGCGGCUAUUAUCUUUGCAUCUGCUGACAGCACCGGGGCACUACCAUCUAUAUCAAAGCUUUCACCAGGACAAGCUGCUUAUCAUUUCCUUGCAGGUUAUCAAGAUGGGAAGUUCACGCCGGCAUAUAUUAAGGGUCCAUCCUCUCUUGAACCCCUAGUUCUUGCAAGUGCCUUGCAUUCCCAACUAAAGGAUAGUGAAAUCCCAACCUUCUUGAUUAAUGUUAAUGAUGGAGGAAAACACAUUAAUGGCAAGGAACUUUUAAAAUUGGUGCAAUCAUCUUUGUCAGCUGACUUACCAAAGAGUCAGCUUGGGGCUGAUGAUGCAAAAGUAGGAGAGCUUAAAGGAAAGUACAAGAGCUUCCUUUCUGGGAGGUUCGAAGAAUUACCUGAAGAAUUUUCCUUCUGAUUCUAUUUAUCAAAAUAAGGGAACUGUAAUAUGUUUUAGAAGUCUAAUAAACUGUCCAUAUAUGUAUGAGUUCAAACUUGCGAAACAUUGUGCUGAUGAGAUAUUUUAACGCAUUUUUGCCUUUCUGGAA